CACACACACACACAUGAUGGUCCAGGAGUGCAGAUAUCAAACGCUGCUACUCGCGCUGCUCAUCUUGCUCGUGCAACAGAGCACAGCCGCUCCAGCUCUUAGGGAAUACCAAGAGCCGCAGCCUAGAACCGUCCGUCUGCUAGAUCGCUUCAAUCAUCGCUAUCCGGACGGCAGCUACGAGUUCCGCUUCGAGCUGGACGACGGCACGGCACGCUACGAGCGCGGCUACUUCGCCAUCAUCAACGAGGUGAAGACGCUGAUGGUCGUCGGCUACUACUCCUAUCGUAUGCCCGACAACCGUUACAUCACCGUCUUCUACAAUGCAGAUCAGUUUGGCUAUCGACAGAAUCAAUCCAUCACACCUGAGGUCUAUCCCAAUUUGCCGCGCUCCAUUGAGGUACCCAUGCUCAAGGAGUCAAACGAGCUGCGACAGCAGACAACAGCGCAGCCACAAUACAGCCGCAGACAGCCGAGCACCACCACCAGCACCACCAGCACCUCCAGCAGCUCCAGUAGCACCUCCAGCAGCGUCAACUACGCCAGCUCCUUGCCCAAAGCGACGUCGCUGCCCACUCGCAGGGGCCGCUACUGAGAUAUCUGGUUGGUGCGUAAUUACAGGCUCUCAGUUUUUGUGACUACUUAUAUUGUAUUAUUAUGCUUUAAAAGGUGAUUUUCAGUUUUUACUUUUUAAUUUAUUUUUUUCAUAUUUUUAUGCA